AUGCUUCAGCUCCCGGGGCUUCUCACGGCCAGACUCAGACGCGUGGCUGCCACCGAGGGCGCCGACGCUGCGACCGAGGCUCUCCUGGCCGUUCGGGAGGACGCAGUGCAACCGAACGUUAUUCAUCUCAACGCCCUCAUGGAUGCUGCGCGGAAGACCGGGAGGUGGCAAGCCGCCAUCGGCCUUGCCCAGAGGAGCCAGAGCUGGGGAAUCACAGCAGACACAGUGAGUUGCAACAUCCUCCUUUCCUCCUCGCCCUCCUGGGUCGGUGCUCUGGACCACCUGGCGAGGGCACUUCCGAGCCUGCGGCCCUCGGAAGCCACCUCCGUGGCAGCUUCCGGUGCCAUGGCGCAGGGGUGGGCGGAGGCCUUCCAUCUCCUGGGCUUCCUGGAACGCCUGCGCCUGGAGCCGAGCACAGCCGGCUACAACGCCGCCAUUUUGGGAAGCCCCUGGCAGCGUGCGCUGGCGACACUGGCCUGCGGCAGGAGCGGUGUCUGCCUGGACCAAGUUGGGUUCACUUCUGUGGCCAAAGCAGCGGAGGAGGAUCAAACGUUCUGGGCAGUGGCACUGGACCAGCUUCGGCAGCCAUGCACUUCGAAUUCUAGGCUUCCCGACCCUGCGAGCAUCACCACGGCAUUGUCCAGUUGCAACCAGGCUCAACAGUGGCAGUGGGGGCUACUGCUGCACGAAGGCAGUCAGGCUGCUUGGAAUGAGUACUGCUACAAUGCCGCGAUGAAAGGCUGCCAGGGAAGGUGGAAAUUCGUGGUCGCGCUGUUGGGGCAGAUGCGAGAGAGCCGGGUCGCCCCCGACUGCGCCUCCACCAGCAUCGUGGCGACUUCGCUGGUGCAGGCAAGCCUUUGGCACCUGGCCCUCUGCAUGCUGCAGCGCCCCUGGCCGGUCUCAUCCGUCACCUACCACACUACUAUGCAUGCGCUGGGCGAGAAUUCAUCGUGGGAAUGGGCGCUUCUUCUCCUGCGCAGAUUGCUUCGCCGGAGCCUCCGAGCAUCGGAGAUGAGCUUUAGCGUUGCAAUCGACGCCUGCCAGCAGGGUAUGUUUUGGCAGGGAGCCUCUGCCUUGGUCUACCAGGCGAUGUGCACCGUGGGGCGUGCGAGCACAAUCACCUGGAACCCGGCACUGAGGACGUACGAGAAGUACGGCAUCUGGCAGGAGUGCCUCUCAGCUUCCGCGAACCUGCGCGGCCCGGACAACUCCCUGGUUUUUGCGGCCGGCGCCUGCUCCCGGGCAUCGGAGUGGGCUGCAGGGCUCUCCUUGGCCGCGGAGGGAGGUCAACGGAGCCGGAGCCCGGGCCACGAGAGCCAAGGCCAGAUUUCCAGUCCCUGGCAGCGGAUGGCGAAUCUCUUGGGCUGCCAAGGUCUCCUGGUGGCUUUGCCACCGCCUCCCCGGUCUCUGUGGCAGUGUGCCAUGGAGGCCCUGCAAGCCGGCGGGCGGCGAUCCGUCGAACUGGACCAGGUGGACUUCAACGCCGCCGCUGCUUCCGAGCAGAGGGUGCCUCGGUGGAUGCAUGUCUUUUGCCUGCUGGCCCAGGCCACGCGGCAGGCGAGGCCUGACUGCAUUACCUUCAGCGCCUCCAUCAGUGUCUUGGAGAAGGCCCUACGUUGGAAGAAGGCCUCGGAAGUCUACGCAGGCCUCUGGAACCGGGGCGUGAAGCCCGCAGGGGUGACUUUCAACGCUGCGGCCAGCGUGCUGGUGAAGGCUCGGCGCUGGCAACAGGCCAUGCUGCUACUCACAACCAUGGAGGUCAACACAGUUUCGGCUGACAGCAUCUUCUUUGGGGUGCUGCUGAAAUCCUCGGCCUUCACAGCCCUCACGCCUGUAGGUAAAACUUGGGCACAGAUGCAGAAGCGUCGUGUUGCCCCUGAUGCCGUUGCCUGUGGUUCGGCCCUGGAGGGCUUCGUGCUGGAGAGGAAGGCCAGCGACAGCGCCAGCACCCUACCGAGAUUGCAGGACUUGGGCAUUGCAGUUCUGCGCGCGGCACAGCUGCCGCAAGGGACCCGCAGAAACUCCGUUUGA